AUGGCCUCGAACGGGAGCAGCAGCACGGUGGUGGGCGAGAUGCAGAGCAGCUUGGACCGGGUGCGGCGCCAGCUCUCCUCCACCUCCACCCGCCACCUCCUCCAGGGCCCUCUCUUGAAGCGAUCCGACACGCUAAGAAAGUGGAAUGAGCGCUGGGUCAUACUUGAUCCUACAACUGGAAAAAUAGAAUACAAGGUCCAUAGGAGUGACAAAGAUGUUAGGGGAGUAAUCGUGUUUGAUUCGAUAAGCACAGUGACACUAUCGCCUAUGAACUUCCAUGGACUGGCAAAAUACGAUGGAUGCUGUUUCUAUAUUGGAACUCCACAGAAAAAGGAAUACUUUCUUUGUGCAGAAACUCCCAGCGCUGCAAGAGCAUGGGUAUCCACUUUACAUGCGACUCAGUUGGUACUACAGGCUCAUAAGGAGGCCGUGAAUUCAUUGGGUGAGAAUGGUCCUGCAAAAUUGGGAACAGUUGCAACUGUUGUGGCUGUAGCCAAUGCCACUGCAAUUGAAGCAACAAAGGAGGUAGAGGCUGCAAUGAAGAUUUCCCUGCGGGCAACUUUGGGCUCAACUACAAAUAAACUUACCAAAGGCCAAUUAGAUGAUCUCACAAUAAUGAUGGAGACCCUUCGAGUUAAAGACGACGAACUCCACCAAUUGUUACAGGAUAUUCGUGCACGUGAUUCUACCAUCAAUGAAAUUGCAGAAAAGUUACAGGAGACUGCAGAAGCAGCUGAAACUGCUGCUUCUGCAGCACGUUCAAUUGAUGAAGAGAGAAGAUUUUUUACGUCAGAAUUUGAACGUCUGAAACAAGACCAUGAGAAACAAGUUGAAGCAUCUUUGCUUAGGUUAAGGGAAUCGGAGGAGAAAGCAAAGCUUCUUGUUGAAGAGAGAGAUCGUUUGCUAACAGAGAGAGAUUCUGCUCUUCAAGAAGCUCAGAUGUGGCGCUCAAAACUAGGAAAAGCUAGAGGAAAUGCUGUAAUUCUAGAAGCAGCUGUUGUCAGAGCUGAAGAGAAAGCUAGGGUCUCAGCAGCUGAUGCUGACAUCCGCAUAAAAGAAUCCAUGAGCCGAUUUGAGUCUGCCAUCAAAGAAAAGGAGGAUCUCCUAGCCCUUGUGGAUGCUCUACAAUCUCAAAUACAAAGGCAAGAGACUAGCACAAUACAGGUUUGUGAAGAGAGCUCGGAGCUCUGCACUACUGCUUCGAAGCACAUGGAAGACGAUAAUGUUGAUAAAGCUUGCGUAAGUGAUACAGAUCCAAUACCAGUUACGGAGAACAUUGUUGAGUUGGAUGACGAGGGAGUUGAUAUCCCUACAGUCGGGGACACUGAGUGGGAUAAUCCCCAUUCUUCUGAAGUGUCUGAUGUAAGGGAAGUAACCACAGAACCCGAAGAAAACAGCUUGGAUAUUCCUGUUGAUACUUGA